GAGAGAUUAGUAAUGGAAGCCACAGCUCCCGAAUCUCGAGUUCAUUCUUCAAUCCCAAAUGAAGAAGAGCCAGCUUACGAGUCGUUAGAAUCAAUCUACUCUUCUUCCGCCUUCAACAGAGAAUUGGAGCGGGAAGAAGGCGAGCUGCCCAAGCUGAGAAGCCUGUCGUCGUCGGGGAGGAAGGUCUUGCUUGAAGGCUAUGUGGAUGCGGCGGAUGAGGAUGAUCUGUCGCGGACCAAAAGCUUGACGGAUGAGGAUCUCGAUGAGCUCAAAGGUUGCUUGGAUCUGGGAUUUGGGUUCAGCUACGAGGAGAUUCCCGAGCUCUGUAACACCUUGCCGGCUCUUGAGCUUUGUUACUCUAUGAGCCAGAAGUUCAUGGACAACAAGUCGCCGGAGACUUCUUCUCCUGCCGCAGCACCGGAUUCUUGCUCUUCUGUUUCCAGUCCGAUUGCCAAUUGGAAGAUCUCUAGUCCUGGUGAUCAUCCUGAGGAUGUGAAGGCGAGGCUCAAGUACUGGGCUCAGGCGGUGGCGUGCACUGUUAAACUGUGCAGCUGAGCUCAGAUUUGAAUUUUAUGCUUUAAUCCUUGAGCAUAAUAUUGAUGAUAUGGACCGACAUUGUCUGGUGGAAGUGAAACCUCAAUAGGUUUGGAAAACCUGUUCAGGAUGGAUCUACUUUACUUUGAGGAAGAUGGAAGAAGAUUAUUUCAGUGGUGAGGUGAGAGCCUCCUUUGGAGCUUCACCAAGUAUUUUGCUGUCCUCUGCAUUUUGCCGAGAUAGAGAGGUCCAUGCACCGAUCAAGCUGACAAUGCUUAACAAUGCCUGAAGUUCGAUGGAAUGGCCAUCUGUGCCUGAUUGUGCCGGCCAAUCAGUUAGCUGGAAUUCCAGAUACAAUUUAAAAGAGGGCGAACGACUACUGGAUUCUUGAUCUGACCAUGAAAUCUGAUUCGUAACUUCACAGUUUAGUUCUCUCUGAUCUUGUUUUCAUGGAGAAUUCCAUUAGUAUGCUUUCUUGUGGUUAUAUUAAGCAGCUGACUACUCAAUGAUGCAUUCUUGCUGAGAGCUGUAAGGCCUUGAUCUUAGGUUGCCUCUGAUAAUUUGCAUUGUGUACUAAACCGGGAGGCUGGGAAUGCAGGGCAUAUGAAAUGGAGUAUAUACAAAAUUAUUUGAAUGAAUUCAAGUAGUAAUGCUU